AUGCAGGCUCUGGCAGCGAGUGAGACAGCACCGGCAGUGUUUUUCGCGGUAGCUGCACUAGGCGCUCUGGAUAAUUCUGUGCUGGACAUGGUGCACAGCUCUUUGUCGCGUCCUUCUCGACCAGAUCAGAUGGAUCUGGCAUUGAGGCUGUACUCAAGGGCAAUUGCACACCUGGCCAAAUCGAUACAACAAGGCGAGACAUCGUUGGCACCUGUCAUUGUCGGCUGCGUUGUUUUUCUGGUCUUUGAGGUCACCAGAGGCAAUCCUUUGUGCGCCGCCCGGCAUGCCCGUACUGGCAACAGGAUAUUGAAUGAGCGAUUGGGUCUUGUGGAGGAUGUGGCAGACUUUUCAAACAACUUCCAACCCUUGCUCCCGCAGUCUGGUGGAACACCGUCCGAAUUGGGUUACACCGUUGUCUUCAAUUCGCUUGAGGAGGCUCUUCACCAUCUAGAGGCUCUCACAAGUGCUGGCCAGGAGCUUCAGGCCGAGCUGCUUCGAGUCGCGGAAGAUUUGGUAGAUACACAGUGGUCAAGCCUUCUUUCACAGAACCCUGCCAGCCGCUUCUGCUUGGUCAACAGUCUCAGUAAAACCAUGCCCCUGUCAGCUGCACGCCAGGCUCAAUUUGACGGCAUCCAGAACGGCCAUCUGCAAUGGAAAAAGGCUUGUGCCCAGCUUCUGGCGGCUGGCGAGUAUCCGUCUCGGAACGCCGUCAGGCUUUUGGUGCGGUCGUUUGUGGCCAGAUCGACGAUGCUCGCAUGUCGGUCCACAAGCGAGCGAUGGGCUGAUGCAUACUUCGAAGAGUUCUCUGCUGGAUUCACAGCGGCGGAACUCCUUGUACAAUGGCAAUACUCGGACUUUCCAGUCGCCGAGAAUCUUAUGAGUAGGCUGAGCAUUGCUGAGGACCAUGCUCAGAACAAUGAUGUCUCUGCAUCAUCUGAAUGGGACUCCCAAUCGCCACCAUUUGGUCCUCCUCCGCCGAGAUCUGAUUAUCUCCCGCACCCAGCUGGAGUCUUCGGGCAAGGUGUUUUCUCAACACUGUUCACUGUAGCCUGCAAGUGCCGAGAUGCUACCCUGCGUCGCCGAACAGCCGAUCUCUUGAUAUCAUCAAAUCGUAUGGAGGGCCAUCACUCAGGCAAAAGACUUGGACUGUUUGCCAAGAUAAUCAUUGCACUGGAAGAUCAACUGGCCCUUUGCGAUUCGGAGCUGGAUUCGCCUUCAUCCUCGUCGGAGCCGGCUUCACAGGAUAUCCCGGACACCGCUAGGCUUCGUGAUGUAGUUCUCCAUACAGCUGAUGGCGAAAAUGUUGUGUACAUCAGCUGUACUCGACAACCGGCAGGUAGCAAGGGAGGGAUAGCUCUCGAGGAGUAUCGCUGUACUGAUCUCGAUCUCGGAAUUGGGAUGGCGACGUUCGAUCUGACGGACAUGUUGUUUUAUCCAAACUCCACAUCGUGA